AUGCAACCUCUGGCUCGCUUUGUGCCCCGGCUCUUCUUUGACUCGGUCGCGUCUACCUCAGCCAGGCAAUCUCUGAGUAUACGUAGUCGAGCCUCGGUGCGCCCUACCACCUGUCUUCAAUGUUCGAUACGGACUCAUGCACGGCAUUUCGCCGAUUCUCCUAAACCUCCCACUUCUUCAGACCCGCCGGACUCGAUAGCUUCGGACCCUUCAUCGCUUCCAACAGCUCGAGACAAUGCCUCCCCGACCCCCAUCCCAGAUGAGGAGCCGAUCAACCUCCCGUCGGCAGAAGAAGGACGUCGUUUAGCAGUCACGAAGCGAUUCUCGCACAUUAUGGACCACCUACAAGGCAACAUCUUCAUAGCCUCCCAGCGAAUUAACGAUCUAACGGGCUACUCCGGUAUCGAAGCCCUGAAAUCGCGGAUCACAGCACUCGAGAUCCAGGUUACCGAAGCCCAGGACGCGGUCCGCUCUGCCCGCCUCACAUACAAGACGACUGUAGCCGACCGGGCAUCGACGCAGAAAGAAGUCACUGGCCUGCUUGCGAGGAAGGAUAGCUGGACGCCGCUGGACCUGGAGAGGUUCACGUCGCUGUAUAGGAUGGACCACACGAACGAGCAAGCCGUGCAGGAAGCUGCUACACGGCUGGCGAAUGCGGAGAGGGAGGCUGAACACGCGGCUAGUAAGCUCAGCAGCAGUAUCCUGAGCAGGUACCACGAGGAGCAGAUUUGGAGCGACAAGAUCCGGAGGAUGAGUACGUGGGGAACCUGGGGACUAAUGGGUGUCAACGUGUUGCUGUUCUUGGUUUUUCAGUUUGGGUUUGAGCCGUGGAGGAGGAAAAGGCUGGUGCAUGGCUUUGAGGAGAAGGUGAGGGAGGCGCUAGAGAAGGAGAAAUUUGCCAUGCUGGAGAGGAAGGAUGGCGAGGUUGCUGAGAGGGAGGAGAUUCCUUUAGAUGCUGUUGUGGGUGCUGGGAUUCAGGAGCUGCACGAGGAUGUCGAAGUUGAAGAGACGGCUUCAGAGCCUGCUGUGGAUGCGGUCGUGGGGUGCAUAGAAAGCGAGCAAGAGCCAGAGGAAGCAGCCUCUCUCGACGCAGCCGAGCGGCACGUCCCGACAGCGAUCAUGAAGCUCCGGAUCCCGACGAACUGGCAAGAGAAACUCCAGGCCUCAUACGAAAUCACGAAAUCCAGUUUCCAGGACCUUUUCAGUGACAGGAUUGUUGAGCUGCGCAAGCAGGACAUUACGCUGAUUGCAUUAGAAGGCGCUGCUACGGGCGCAGCGAUCGUCACCAUUAUCGCCACUCUGCUCCUGCGACCUUCGUAG